CACACACACACACACACACACACACACACACAGUUAUGUAAAACACACACGCUCAGAGGUUUCUGUCAGUUAUUCAUACGACAACAUCAUGAUUGGGAGGGAGGUUUUUCUGGGACUCUUGCUCUUAUGUGUGACUGCAGGUUCUGAGGAGAACUUUGGACACUUGAGGAAGCCGUCCUGUCCGGACACGCGCGAGAUCUUGGCGUGCCCUCUGAACCUCGCCCCCGUGUGCGGCACCGAUGGCAUCACCUACGCCAACGAGUGCACCCUGUGCGUGCAGAGACAAACAACCAGGGUGGACAUUUUGAUUGCCAAAGAGGAGGGGUGCUGACCGGGAGAUGAUGUCAUCGCUGAAAUCACCACUCAGGAUCUAUGUAUCAACCCAUCAUGGAACUGUGAAAAUGCAAUUUCUAAAUGUGUGUCUCUGAAUUGCAAUGAGUAAUAA